AUGUGCAUCGAAGUCAAUAAAGACGCAAAGGAUGAAGAUGGAUGGACUCCACUCAUUUAUGCAUCAUCUAAAGGUUAUCUUUCAGUUGUUCAAUAUCUUAUCUCAGUUGGAGCUAAUAAAGAAGCAAAAACUAAUGAUGGAAAAACAGCUCUUUCAAUUGCAAAAAAACAAAAAAAAUAUGAGAUUAUUUGA